CGCCAAAAACCAGGAAGUGUGGUGGAAGCCCUGUAAGACGGGAGGAUUUAAUUGCUUUUAUUCCGUUACUUGUUUAACUUUGGUCUUACAUUUACUCACAUGGACACACCGUCUUAUUUCCCCGUACCUCCCGGUGUGGGGAUGGAGGAUAAUUUUUUGUCUCUCGACGACAUUUUGCUCUCGCAAGAGAGGCUGCCUGUAAGGACGGAGUGCGUUUUCCCCCGACUUGGAUUUCUGGAGAAGUCUAGUGAUUCGCAGGACAUUCAGGAGGGCACAAAGAUGGAGCUUCCUCUAUGGCUCUGUAAGGGUCUAUAUGAGAAGAAGAGGAAGGUUUUGUCUGUGGAGCUUCCUAAAAUCUACAAAGAGGGCUGGAGGACCGUGUUCACAGCGGACCCCAACGUGGUGGACUUGCAUAAGAUGGGUCCCUACUACUACGGCCUGGGCUCCCAGAUGCUGCAUUUUGACAGUCCAGAAAACCCAGACAUCGCAAAGACGUUGUUACAGACGUUCAUCGGCCGCUUUAGGCGAACGAUGGACUCCUCCCAGAAUGCCUAUAAUGAAGACACAUCUGUGCUGGUGGGGCGACUGGACUUCUUGGAGAAGGUUCUGUUUAAGUCCGGUCAGAGCGGCCUGAACGGCUUCCAGGGCUGGGAGAAGGGCCAGGCCGCACAGCUCACUGCCUCCAGCCUGGUUCUGAACUACCGCAAGAGGAAGCUCGUUGAUGUUCAGUCCUGAACUCGGCCCGCUCGUAUCGGGUCAACAGACUCUCAGGAGCAGAUUUAGUCAGGACGACGUUUUCCUCCACAUCUGACCCAAAGAGACUAGAGGGACAAGGACCCUGGCUGAAAUGUAGACAUGUUUAAUUGAUAAUUGAUCAGCAAGAUUUUUAGUGUAUAAAUAUUGUUUUUAUGUGUGAGAAGUAAAGGUUUUACAGUUUUUAUUUUUUCUUUACAUUGAAGCCCUUCUUAAUUUGCCCUAAAAUUAAUCAAAACUUAGUGAUCAAACCAAUAGGGAAUAAAGCACAUCCCAUUGUAAAAGAGACUGUAUAGGUGAGAUUAACAAAAUCAGUCAUGGAUCUUCUUUAACCAGCAUUUGCUGCUUCUGCUGCAUUGCAAUUCUGAGAGGCUAACGAUAUUAGUCCAGAUGUGGGGAUGGAGGAUCAGCAGUGAGUCCCAUCAGAAGCUGUUAAAGAAAAAAAAAAAAAAACAACUGGUGUCGAUCCUAAAGUUUUCCAGUUGUCUAGUGUGAUGAAGAAGACCCCAAACCGAAUUUUGCUUGGAGGUUUUUUUUUUUUCAGCUCUCACAAAUUGAUCAAUUGUGAUUAAAUUCAGGCAAGGUAAGCUGUAGGGAAGUGCGCUGACUGUUUUGCCAUCCAUGCUUGUUCAACUUUAGCAGCAAAUGGAUUUGAAAACGCAAGACUUUUGGUCAAUAUCCUUAUUAGAUAAUGAGUUCCAGGCUGUGUGUGUGUAAUCUCCAAUGUUGAUAUUGUGUCAGCGGCUGAUAAUGUAUAACCUCGGAUCGCUCUGACAGCUCGUUUCUGACUUCAAUUUACAAGCUUUGUCCUCCAUUUAAGAGGUAAUUUCCUCCCACACUGACUCGCCAUCAGUUGCCAGAUGAUCUGCUAUCUGACUUUAAAGAUUACACCUAAGACGCAUCCUGAUUCAUCCAUUUGUGGGGUUGCUUCUCAUCUAAGGAAUUUAUUUGUUUAUUUAUUUUUUCAUUUCUCUGUAAGGAUAAUUCAAAGGUGGGGCAAAAUGUCUUUCAUGAGAUACUUUUUCCAAUAUUCCAGACAUGAUUUGGCAAUCUGUAAAUUUCCAGCUUUAAGAAGUACUGUGAUAGCAAAGCAGCUCGAAUAUUACAACAUUGAUUUUGGACCUGUAGCAAAAUCUGUGCAGAUUUGAACCCUUCUGGAUUACCCAAGUCCAAACCUGGGGCAUAAAUCCCAGCAUUCUAAAGUAGAAAUUAUAUGAAGAAACGUCUUACUUGAAAAAGAACUAAAAUCAGAAAACGUGCAUGUUUAAAAAUGAAAAUGAGAAUUUCUUCCACAUUUAAUGUUUAAAAGUGGCUCUAAGAUUAUGUAUCACUUAUUUAAAUGUUUGGUGUAAUACAUUGUGAAAAACCUUAGAAUCAGUUAGUUAAUCCACACAGAAACAAAGCAAAACUCACAUUAGAGAUAGUAGCUGUUUUUUUUUUAAACUCUUAUGAAUGAUUUCAGCAUGCAUCUAGUACUAAACUAUGAAAGAGGUAAUUAAUGUGCAUAUUUUUGUAUUUUGUGAUUUUUACCCAGGAAGCAGCUCGAUGUAAUGAAUACAGUAGAGUCUGUUCACAGUG